AUGGUAGUCCAUAUCAGUAUUAUGAAUAUGCCGAUUAUGCAACAUGCCAAGGCUAAAGUUAUACUGAACCAUAUGAUCCGAGAUGUAGAUUUUGGAUAUUUUUUUUACCAGCCCUAUAUAGAUCCAACUUAUUUUUAAAUUAUUUCUACUGUUUCUAGCUAAUAAGAUUACUAAUCUUAGUUUUAUUGUGUAAACUCUAUUGAUUACGGAUUAUAGAAUUUAAAUUAAUAAUUUAACUCUACUUAAUCUUCAAAUGCUUACUCUAUCUUGAUUCACGAAUUUAAUUCUACAGUAUAUUAUCACCCAUUAAUUAAUUCUUCAAAUUUAACUUCUUUGCCAGACCUAGAAUUUUAAAAUAUUACUCAUCAUUGUCAAACUUAUUCGUAAAUGUAACAAUGCCUAUAAGAAAAAUAAAUUUUAUCAGACUAACUUAACCAAACUGUAGAAUUUAUUAAAAAUGGGAAUUAUUCCAUAGAUGAAAGACAAAAUAUAGAUUAGUUAUACUAAUACUGGUCUAGAUAUGGCUAAAAGCAAGUAAGCAUUAUUUUUCCUGUGAUAACUUAUGUAAAAGGAAUUAAUACUCAACUUCCUUACUCUUAUUCAAUACUUCUGACAGGAAGAGUUAUUUUAGAUUUCAGAAAUUAAAUUAAGCUAUUUAAUAUCCUUGAUGUUAAUAUAAUUAAAAUACCAUUAAUUACUGAAUUUGUAGUAAUAGGCUUAAUUAUAAUUAUAUUCUUAACUAAUUAUGGAGUUUUUGUUAAAUUCUAAAUUCAGGACCAAAUAGAAAUACUCAUUUAAUUUUUAAAAACAAGCUUAUAGCACCUUUGGUCCAAUACAAAAAAAGAAAAAAAAUAAGGACAAUAAUUGUAAUAUUGCUUACAAUAAGUUUAAAUUGCAUAAAACACAUCAUAAAAAAUAGUAAAUAUAACCAAUAAAUCCUAUGAUGAAAGUAAUAUUGAAGAUUAUAGUAAAAUUUCAUCUUCACCAUCUAAUUCUAACAUAUACUUGAAAAAAAAUUAAGAAUAGUAAGCUUUCAAUUUAGAUCAAUAUUACUCUUAGAACGGCUAAUUAAGUGGUUACAAAAAAUCAAAUCAUCAUACUAUUCAUAGAAGUAAAUUCGUUUAAAAUGGUAGCUUCUUCUAAAAAGCUCACACAGUAUUAAAUUGA